AUGGCUCAACUAGGCUCGAAGGCACCCGAGUCCCCAUUGAGAGUUCAGAAGCAGCUGACAAUUGGUUUUGAGAGAGGUGCAGUGUCGCAAAGCAAGCUUGACGACCUUAUCCUGACAUUCGUUGUGGACACGUCACAAGCAUUUUCAGUUGUUGAAGCACCGAGCUUUGUGAAAAUGGUGAAAUCACUGGCGCCGAACUGCAGCGUUUUGACUCGAAGAAUGCUUAUGACGCGAAUGGAGGCCAGCUGUGACGCAAUGAAGCUGCGGCUCAAGGCAACUUUGGGAGAGGUGACAUACGUGACGGUGACAGCGGACUGCUGGACGACCUUUCGACGGAGCUACCUGGCGGCUACCGUUUCCUGGCUUGAGCCCUCCCUCAGCAGGAAAUCCGCCGUUCUCCUCUGCCGUCGCAUGACUGGACGAGUCACCUAUGACAAAAUUGCAGACACCCUCCAGAAAUCCUUUGACGACUACGGUCUGCGAGGAAAGGUUACGAAGGUGAUAACGGACAACGGUGCAAACUUCGUCAAAGCCUUCAGACUUUUUGGCGAAAAGGAUGUCGAAGACGCGCAUCACGACGAAGAUGACGAAGCCUUCACCGAGGCCGUGGAGGUGGCGCCUUUGCUAGACAACGUCAUGAAACCUCUGGCGUGCGCCAUAGACGUGAUACAGAAAGACGAGAGCAUGUACAUCGGGUUUGAUCACUUGCACGGCGACCGGGAGCUCCUGCUGGCCUCAGCGCUCAUCCCGCGCUUCAAAGCGAACUGGGUCACCGACCUCGCGAGGCGUGAAGCUCUCGCCGAGUAG